AUGAGUUUUAGUAGAAUAGAUUUAUUUUCAAGCUCUUUCAAUUUUAAUAUAGGAGGAUCAAAUAUCUAAAGAGGAACAAUAGCUGGAGCAAUUUUCACAAUAAUUGUUAUAGCUUUAACUCUUUCAUACUUUAUUUAUUUAAUCGAUUUAUACUUCAGCAAUAAAAUUGAACCUCUUUAUAGGGCUUAAAAUAUCAUAAAUAAUUAAACCCAAUAGUUAGAUAUAAACUCAAAUAUUUAUGCAAUUAAGAUUAAUUAUCUCUUCCCUACAGAUGAACAAUUAAAAUAUACCUAUUCAGUAAUAAUGGGCACUUAUAAAAAUGAUACAAAUGCAUAUUAGGUAAAUAUUAUCACAAAAAAUUGUGAAGACCCAAAUUUAGGAGAAUAGUUUGAAUGUCUUGAUUAAAUUUAGUUUUCAGAUGAUAAUUAGAAAAAUGAUAUAAAGAAUUUUGAUUACAAUUACAAGUUUACUCAAAUAAAUGAAUCGCAACAAAAAAAUUGUGCUAGCUAAUAGGAAAUAGAUAAAACGGUAAAUGUGGUUUCUUCAGAUUAAUUAAAAGCAUCUAAUAUUAAAUAAUAAAAAUAGAAAACUACAAUAAAAGAUGGUUUAUUUAUUUAAUAAGAAUCAAGCUUUACAAUGCCUUUUAACUACAAUAUUGAUAAUUAAAACUUAAAUAGAUAAUUUAUAAGGGAAAACCUGGGAUUCGAUGCCUAUAGCAUUGUUAAUUUGUAAAUAGAUUAGAUUUAUUCAUAAAUAUCAAUUCAAUACCCAACAAUUCCUUCAGUUCUAGCUUUAGUUAAUAGCGUAUUUAAUUUGUUAGUCAUUUUAGGCUUCUUUUUGAAGAUUAUAUCUUAAAGUUCUUUGAAGGAAGAUUUCUUUGUGAUUUUGAUAAAGAAUGUUUACUAAGACAUUUAUCAAUAGAUUUUAUAAUUAAAUGACUUAAAAAAGUCUAAUUCUACUAUAGGCUAGCAAACUAAUUCAUUUAUUAGUAAUUAAACUUAAAAUACAUAAGAAAAUAAAUUAGAAAAUUAAAAGGGGAAGGAAAAAGAUAAGCAUUAAAAUUCUUCAAAGAUUGAUGAUUAAAAAUAAGCUUAAGACUAAGUAAUUAAACAGUUAGAAAAUAACAUAUUUGACUAAGAAAAAUGUAAACCUUUUCCAUUAUAAGAUUAAUAAAUAUGUAUAAGUAUUGUUUAAAAAAACGAAUCUGAAAUGAAAAGUAGUUAGGAAAAUACAAAACUGAAAAUUGAAAAUAUAGGUCCUAAAUUAAGCUAUACUAAUUAAUUAAAAUAAAAAGACGACAACCAAUCUUUGAUAUUCUCAAAAGAUUGUUUUGAGGAAAGAAAUAAAAGCUAAGUAAGAAUCAUUUAAAAAAACUAAAUUUAGCCAAAAAGUAAGGAUUUAAAAUCUUAAGGUUUAGAUAAAUAAAAUAUUAGAAAUUUAGACAGACAAAAGUCACUUGGAACAAUAAUUUCUUAUUAUAAAUUCAGAUGA